AUGAAUCUAUUCCCAGUGCUACUAUUGCCUAGUCACCAGGAUCAAGCGAGUCUCCUCCGUCAUGCAAGAGCCCUGUCAAACAAAUAUGGCCAGCUCGUGCUUCAUGAGAUCGAUCUACCCAUUGGCAAUAUCCUCAACGGCCAAUAUUACAGCACCAUCGGCAUCGGCACUCCAUCACAGUAUUUCAAAGUUGUGAUAGACACUGGAAGCGCGAAUCUUUGGGUGCCUGGCCAAUGUCGCCUGACUAUCUGCCAAAGCCAUGCCAGGUACAAUGCAACGUGGUCGUCGACGUUCGAAAAGAAUGGUUCUCAGUUCAGUACGGAAUAUGGUACCGGAGGUGUCUCAGGACACAUCUCUCAAGAUACCCUUUGGGUCGGCGAUUUGCAGAUCGAGCACCAACUUUUCGCCGAGGUCACUCACGAAGAUUCACUUAUCGCAAGUGGCAGCUUCGACGGAAUAUUCGGCCAUGGCCACGACGCCGUUGCCAUCAAUGGCAUCAGGCCUCCUUUCUAUCGUAUGCUGGACGAGAAACUCCUUGAUAAGCCCGUCUUCUCGUUUUAUUUUGGAGAUACGGCUAGAGGUACAGAGUCCUUUUGCACCCUAGGUGGCAUCGAUAAUGCUGCUUAUGAAGGUACGGUCUUGACGUUUCCUCUUCGGAGGAACAUCUUCUGGGAGGUCGACUUAGAUGCCUUUUCGCUUGGUGAGGCGGUUGCUCGUGAUCUAAAUAUCGGUGCUUGCCACCCUUGA